ACAUAGAGCAAACCCAGAAAAGGGUGAAAUCUUGCAUCGAUUUCAUCUAACAACCUGCAACUCAUCCCUAAUCUUCUUCGAUCAUCCUAAGAGUUAAAUCAAUACUACUCUCAUCAAAUCAAAUUCAAAUUCAAAUUCCAGACCUAAUCACUCCCCGAAAACAUCCCAUUACAGCAACAACCAUGAUCACAACGGCGAGAAGUGACGGAGAGGGUUUACAGAGCCCUAGAUCUCCUCCAUCUUCACCGUUUCUAUUGGUAUCUGUUACUGAUCCUGCUAAAAUGGGGAAUGGUGUUCAGGCUUAUAUCUCCUAUAAAGUUACUACUAAGACAAAUUUCCCCGAAUAUCAGGGCCCGGAAAAGAUUGUCAUUCGACGUUAUACAGAUUUUGUUUGGUUGUAUGAUCGUCUCUUCGACAAGUACAAGGGUAUCUUCAUUCCUCCACUUCCAGAAAAGAACACUGUAGAAAAGUUUAGAUUCAGUGCGGAGUUCAUUGAGAUGAGGCGACAAGCAUUGGAUACAUUUGUCAAUAGGAUUGCAUCACAUCAUGAGCUUCAACAAAGUGAGGACCUGAGAACCUUUUUACAGGUUGAUGAACAGACAAUGGAAAGAGCCAGGUCACAAGAUACUGGUAUCUUCAAGAAGAAGCCGACUGAUUUGAUGCAGAUUUUCAGGGAUGUUCAAUCUAAAGUAACUGAUGUAGUUCUCGGAAAAGAAAAGCCAGUGGAAGAAUCAAACCCAGAAUACGAGAAACUAAAACGAUAUAUAUUUGAGCUUGAAGAUCACGUAGCUGAAGCCCAAAAAUAUGCAUAUCGUCUAGUAAAGAGACAUCGAGUCUGUUUAAUUAUUGUUGCAGAAUUGGGGCAAUCUCUUGCUGAUUUUGGUAAGGCAGUUAAGCUUCUUGGUGCUUGUGAAGGAGAUGCUCUCGGGACCGCAUUCUCGGAGCUUGGAGCUAAAUCAGAGAUGCUAUCAAUUAAGCUGCAAAGAGAAGCUCACCAUCUUUUGAUGAAUUUUGAAGAACCUUUGAAAGACUACGUUCGUGCUGUGCAAUCUAUCAAGGGUACGAUAGCAGAGAGGGCUAAUGCGUUCAGGCAGCAGUGUGAAUUGGCUGAAACGAUUAAACUAAAGGAAAUUGAUCUCAACAAACUAAGGCUAAUGCGAUCAGAGAAGAUGUUAGAUGCAGAGCAUGAAUAUGAGGAGCUGAAAGCUGAUGGUCAGGAAGCAACAAGAAGAUUUGAGACAAUCGUACGGUUAAUGAAUGAAGAAAUUGUGCGUUUUCAAGAUCAAAAAACACAAGACAUGGGUCGGGCUUUUCAUGAAUUUGCCAAGGGCCAAGCCCGUUUAGCCAAUGCCAUUGCCGAUGCUUGGCGAAGUCUUAUUCCGAAACUCGAAUCUCUAUCCGUCUCAUAACGUGUUUCAUAUCCUAUACUUUCUUUCUGUUUGUAUCUUAAUAUCCAACGCCUUUAAACUCGCAUGUGGUGUAUGUCUGCCUAACUACCAUAAGGAACAUUUUAUUUCUUUGGGUACCUUUUAGCUUCUUUUUUUUCUUUUUGUAAGUUUGUUGUUUUAGUGCUUAAAAUCUUUUUCUUUUAA